AUGCCCCUUGCCAAGUACGCUGCCAUCUCGUUGCCGGAGCUGACGCAUGCCUCUGGGUGGUUGCGGGAACACAUGCAGUCCGACCACUCCAAGUUGACGUCGCUAGAGCUCCCACAGUUCCAGCUGGGCACGUUGGACUCGCUCAUUGAAGGGCUGGAGGAAUUGGGCAAAAUCGACUCCCAGUUGGCCGGGUCGGUGGCUAAAAUUGUUGACAUUUUCACCAAUGUGUUGGAAACGUCGUCGUUCCAGCGGACAGUGCAAAACCGCCCCGCCACCGAUUACGUGGAAACAUUCAAGUGGAACACCUCCAAGUUCCGCCUCGACAAGCCCAUCCCCGAAUUGGUGAAGCUCAUCACCAACGAGGCGUUCUCCUUAGACGCCGACGUCAGGGCUGCCUACCAAACCUACCAAUCGGCCCGCAGCGACUUUGCCGCCGCCGACCGCAAACGUAACGGUGAUUUACUGAUCCGCAGUUUGCACGACAUCGUCCACCCUGACCAAUUUGUCUUAAACCUGGAACACCUCAAAACUGUGCUUGUGGCUGUCCCCAAGAACUUGGACAAGGAGUUCCGCAACUCCUACGAAACGUUAGUGCAAUACGUAGUGCCGCGACUGGCGGAAUUGAUUCUGAGCGACAGCGAGUACAACUUAUAUGCCGUGACCCUUUUCAAGAAAUACGAGCCUGACUUCGUCGCUGCUGCCCGCGACAAGAAGUGGCACCCGCGGACGGACUUUGAGUACUCCGAGGACACCCUCAACAACAUGCGCAAGGAGUUUGACUUGACGCAGCAGAACGAGCUGAAGCUGAAGAACGACUUGGUGCGGUUGGCCCGCACCGCCUACCUGGAUAUCUUCGCCGACUGGUGCCAUAUCAAGGCAAUGAGGGUGUACGUGGAGCUGGUGUUGCGGUACGGGUUGCCGCCGCUGUUUGACUACUACCUCAUCGGCUUCCACGGGCUGCUGCUUGAGAAAAACUUCAACGCCGCCAAGAAGCAAUUGGUGGAGAAGUUUGGCUACUUGGGGGGCGAGGCCUCGAGCAAAAACACCAACUUGCACGAGUACGCGCUGUUGGUGGAAACCGACUACGAGCCGUUCGUGUUCUUUGACAUUGAAAUCGUAUAA